GCCGAGGGUGAUGGGCGUGGCCAGGGCGGUGCUUGCCAGGAGAUGGCGGCGGUUGCGGUGAGCAGCGCCAAGCGGAGCCUGCGGGCGGAGCUGAAGCAGCGUUUGCGGGCCUUGAGCGCGGAGGAACGGCUGCGCCAGUCUCACAUCCUCACACAGAAGGUGAUUGCCCACAGUCAGUAUCAAAACUCCAAAAGAAUUUCCAUCUUUCUGAGCAUGCAAGAUGAAAUCGAGACGGAAGAGAUCAUCAAGGACAUUUUCAAACAAGGCAAAAUCUGCUUCAUCCCUCGGUACCAAUUCCAGAGCAAUCACAUGGACAUGGUGAGAUUAGCAUCGCCUGAAGAGAUCCCUUUCCUUCCCAAGACAUCCUGGAAUAUUCACCAGCCUGACGAGGGAGAUGCUCGGGAGGAGGCCCUGUCCACUGGCGGACUCGACCUCAUCUUCCUUCCGGGCCUCGGGUUUGACAAAGACGGCAACCGGCUGGGGCGGGGCAAGGGCUAUUACGACACCUACCUGAAGCGCUGCGUGCAGCAUCAGGAAGUGAAGCCCUACACGUUGGCUUUGGCCUUCAAAGAGCAGAUCUGCCCCCGGGUCCCCAUGGAUGAGCACGACAUGCGGGUAGAUGAAGUUCUCUAUGAAGAUGCCCCCGCGUCCUAAGUCACACAGUGACCUGAGAGCCACCCUCACUGCUUUGUGCCAGCGUGAAGAAAAGAUGUGCAUUUUCCUCUUGUCAAAAAACGAGUCCCAGUGGCCCAUUAAAGUGAAUAUGGAUUGUGUGUCUUAGUUAAGUAUAAAAUAUCUAACAUAAAAUCAUCUUUAGAAAUCAAUAGGAGUGUGAAGACUAGGGUAUUGGCUCAAAUGGAGGCAGAAGCCGUAUGGUCUUCAGCUUAGCUUCCUG